AUGCAUCACCAAUCCGAGCUCAUGGCUGCAUUUUUGCAGCUGUGCGCCAAACAGUUGCGCAAGCACCUCGAGAAACUGACGUCCUUUUAUACGCGGCACUACCGCAGUGCGAGUGGUAAGGCGAGUGCUUUAUGGAUCAGCAAAGUGCUUGAAGAAAUGCUGGCGCCUAUCCCGUAUGCAUCUGUGCGCACGUUCGACCACCCGUGGCUGCAGCCGUCGAUCCUUGUGCACUUCCAAGGCACGAACGCGUCGUUAACAGAAACACGUGGAGUCACUCUGCUUGGCGCACACAUUGACAGCGCCAAUAUGCUUCCAUUUCUGCGUGCGCCCGGCGCGGACGACGACGGAAGCGGCACCGUGACGCUGCUCGAGACGAUACGCGUACUCCUCGCCGCACAAUGGCGUCCCGAAUCAGAUGUCGAGUUCCAUUUCUAUGCGGCGGAAGAAGGCGGCCUGCUUGGGAGCCAAGCGGUCGCGCAGUCGUAUGCACGUCGCCACGUGUUGGUCCGUGCGAUGCUCCAGCAAGACAUGACGGCGUACGUCGCGCCUGGCACUUCAGAACACAUUGGUCUUGUAGAGGACUAUGUAUCGGCACCGCUCACAAACUAUCUCGAGCAACUGGCCAAGGUGUACCUCACCAUCCCAGCCGUGCGCACUCAAGCCGGGUACGCCGCAAGUGAUCACGCAAGCUGGAACAAAACAGGCUAUCCCAGUGCAUUUGCCAUUGAGUCCGCCUUUGCGAGCGUGAAUCUAGGUCGUGCACACACCACCAAAGACAUUUAUUCCGCCCCGGGGUUUUCCUUCGCACACAUGCUGCAGUUUGCGCGACUUGCCGCCGCAUUCGCUGCCGAGCUCGGCGGCUGGGCCCGAUCGCCCGAUCAGUAG